AUGGCCGCUCGUCAACGCGCAAUGGAGCUCAUGGAGCGAAAGGAGGCCAUAGAAACGCAACUAUCAGAGCAGUUUACAAUUCUUUCGGCCAACCAAUCCACGAUGAAUACGCCACUUGUCGACCCAGAAGGCUUCCCCCGUUCAGAUAUUGAUGUCUGGGCAGUCAGACAUGCAAGAGUGCGAAUAAUCGAGUUGAAGAAUGACUUGAAUGGCAUUGUGGACGCGAUUGCCGUCGCUUUGGCGUCCAUGAGCAAGGAUGACGCGGCGUCUAGCUCGAACGCAGAGGCUUCUGCACCAUUGACGAAUGGAAUAUUGCACCCGGAUGAUACCAAUACGCUGAGGGCUUUUGCAAGAGUGGACGGAGUCGCACCAAAUUCUCCUGCUGCAACUGCGGGACUUAGAAGAGAGGAUGAACUCGUACAGUUUGGUCGUCUGACAGCGGAAGAUUUCAGGCAAGCACCACGGUCACUCCAGCCGCUUGCUACACUCGUCGCCGAGUAUGAGAAUCGAGCUCUUGAAGUUGUCAUCCGCAGAGAAGGUUCCGUUCUGACCUUGAACUUUACCCCUCGAGCUGGCUGGGGAGGUCGAGGCUUACUUGGUUGUCACAUCGUACCUGUAUGA